AUGAUUGUAAUUGGAGUCCCAGAGAGUCGCAGUCAAAGAAGUUAUGACAGAGUUGCUCAUGAUAGGUGUUGUGUUCAGCAGUUGCUGGAUUUCCUGUCAGUUGAUUGUUUGCCGGUUGCGUGUUAUCGUAUGGGUCGAGCUAGCCCAACUUUUGAUAGGCUCAUGAAAGUUUUUGCCGAGUUCUUUUUUCGCCACUCGGUUAGCAGCGAGUCGUUGUUUGGAGAGUUUUGCUAUCAGUAUGAGGUCCUAAGGUGUGACAGACAAACCAGACGCGGAGGUGGUGUUGCGAUUAUCACAAAAAGAAUGUAUAGCCCGCAAGUAGUUUACAGUGAGUCUGUUGACGAAGCAUAUGAACUUAUAUCUGUUGACUUGGAUAUGGCUCUUUGCAAGGUUAGGUUUGUGCUUGCUUACAGAUCUCCUUCAUGCUCAACAGCUGCAUUUGAGCAGUUGUUAAAAGCAAUUGGAGAUUUGGUAGCCGGUAUCAAUACGUUUCUUGUACUCGGUGAUUUUAACCUCCCUGAUAUUCCGUGGACUGAUGUGUCCUAUCCAAACCCCCCUGGGUCACUUGCACGUCGCUUCUUGGAAAUGUGUGAUUGUCUUAAACUAUACCAAGUUGUCUCUGAAGGCACUCAUGGCUCAAAUAUACUUGAUUUGGUGUUAACGAACAAUAAGGAGGUUGUGAAAGACGUUGUCAUACGGGCACCAAUUGGAAGUAGUGAUCACGCCUCCGUUUUAUUCAAACUUGAUCUCAAGAUUGAAGAGGUUGUGAAAUUAUCACUCCGGAGGGAUUUCAAAAAGGCGAAUUUCAAUGAUAUCUUGACUUAUCUU